AUGGAGCUGGAGGAGUUAGGGAUCCGAGAGGAAUGUGGCGUGUUCGGGUGCAUCGCCUCAGGAGAGUGGCCCACGCAGCUAGACGUGCCACAUGUGAUCACUCUGGGACUCGUGGGGCUGCAGCACCGGGGUCAGGAGAGUGCUGGUAUUGUGACCAGUGAUGGAAAUUCGAUACCCACAUUCAAAACACACAAGGGAAUGGGUCUUGUAAAUCACGUAUUUACUGAAGACAAUUUGAAGAAAUUAUAUACUUCAAAUCUUGGAAUUGGACACACAAGGUAUGCCACUACAGGAAACUGUGAAUUAGAAAAUUGCCAGCCCUUUGUUGUUGAAACACUUCAUGGAAAAAUAGCUGUGGCACAUAAUGGCGAAUUAGUUAAUGCUGUGCGCUUAAGGAAAAAGCUUCUGCGUCAUGGUAUUGGUCUGUCAACAAGUUCUGAUAGUGAAAUGAUCACCCAGCUACUGGCUUAUACCCCUCCUCAGGAACAAGAUGACACCCCAGACUGGGUAGCAAGGAUUAAAAAUUUAAUGAAGGAAGCACCCACAGCAUACUCUCUGCUUAUAAUGCACAAAGAUGUGAUUUAUGCAGUCCGAGAUCCCUAUGGAAAUCGUCCUUUAUGCAUUGGUCGUCUUAUUCCUAUUUCUGAUAUAAAUGAUAAAGAAAAAAAAACAUCAGAAACGGAAGGAUGGGUGGUGUCUUCAGAAUCUUGUAGCUUUUUAUCUAUCGGUGCAAGAUAUUACCGUGAAGUCUUGCCUGGAGAAAUUGUGGAAAUAUCCAGACAUAAAGUCCAAACUCUUGACAUUAUACCAAGGUCUGAAGGAAACGCAAUGGCUUUCUGUAUCUUUGAAUACGUUUAUUUUGCAAGACCAGAUAGUAUAUUUGAAGACCAGAUGGUUUACACAGUAAGAUAUCGUUGUGGUCAGCAGCUGGCCAUUGAAGCCCCCGUGGAUGCAGAUUUGGUCAGCACUGUCCCAGAAUCCGCUACACCUGCUGCUCUUGGUUAUGCAACAAAGUGUGGGCUUCCAUACGUGGAGGUGCUAUGUAAAAACCGGUAUGUAGGAAGAACAUUCAUUCAGCCAAACAUGAGGUUAAGACAACUUGGUGUUGCGAAAAAAUUUGGAGUACUGUCAGACAACUUUAAAGGAAAAAGAAUUGUUCUUGUAGAUGAUUCAAUUGUGAGAGGCAAUACCAUCUCACCCAUAAUCAAGUUACUCAAAGAAUCUGGUGCAAAAGAGGUACAUAUUCGCGUAGCUUCACCACCAAUUAGAUAUCCAUGCUUCAUGGGAAUAAACAUACCAACAAAAGAAGAGCUUAUUGCCAAUAAACCAGAAUUUGAGCAUAUUUCAGAUUAUCUAGGAGCGAACAGUGUUGUAUAUCUGUCAGUAGAAGGACUGGUUUCAUCUGUGCAAGAAGGAAUAACACUGAAAAAACAGAGAGUGAAAAAGCAAGACAUUAUGGCUCAAGAAAAUGGGAAUGGUCUGGAAUGUUUUGAAAACAAUGGUCAUUGUACAAAGGAAGAUAUUAUGAUUCAAGAAAAUGGGAAUGGUCUGGAAUGUUUUGAAAAGAAUGAUCAUUGUACAGCUUGUCUGACUGGAAAAUACCCUGUGGAACUGGAAUGGUAG